AGUCUAGAUUCCGUAAUAUAUGCAGUGAGUAGUAUAUAAUACACUGAGCUCUCUCAUGUUAGAUCAUCGUUGGUUUCCCGCGUUUAAUUUACGUUCUUUUUUUACGUUCAUUAACUUCACUGUAAAAUAGUUUAAUAAUGGAUUUAGCUGACUUACAAACUCAUCAAAAUCGCGUGAAAGAUGAAAUCGGAGUUCAGUGUCAAAAAUUAUUCCAAACUUUCCUUGAAGAAUUUAAAGAAGAUAAUGAAAUCAAAUAUUUAGAAGCUGCAAAGGAACUGGUUACUCCAGAUCGAAGUACUCUAACUGUGUCUUUUGAGGAUAUUGAAAAAUAUAAUCAAGUAUUAUCAACCACAAUUAUUGAAGAAUAUUACAGAAUUUAUCCAUAUCUAUGCCAAGCUGUUUGUAAUUUCGUCAAGGAUACUGGUAAUGACAAAAAGGAUAAACAUUGUUAUGUGAGUCUUGUAGAUGUACCAACUAGACACAAAUUAAGAGAGUUAACUACACCUAAAAUUGGUACCCUUAUUAGAAUUUCUGGACAAGUUGUCAGAACUCAUCCAGUACAUCCAGAGUUAGUUCUUGGGACAUUUUUAUGUGUUGAUUGUAAUGCAGUUAUCAAAAAUAUUGAACAACAAUUUAAAUUUACAAAUCCAACAAUUUGUUAUAAUCCAGUAUGCUCAAACAGACGAAGAUUUGUAUUAGACAUUGAUAAUUCAACUUUUGUUGACUUUCAAAAAAUCAGAAUUCAAGAAACUCAAUCAGAAUUACCUCGAGGAUGUAUUCCAAGAUCAUUAGAAGUCAUUUUGAGAGCAGAAAUCGUGGAAACUGUUCAAGCUGGUGACAAAUAUGAUUUUACUGGGACUUUAAUAGUCGUUCCUGACGUUGGAGCAUUAGCUUUACCAGGAACAAAAACUGAAAUCGGAUCUAGACAUAAAGCAGGUGAACAAUCAGAAGGUGUUCGAGGAUUGAAAGCUCUUGGAGUCAGGGAUUUAAAUUAUAGAUUAGCUUUCUUGGCCUGCAGUGUUACUGCAACGAGUCUCCGGUUUGGUGGUACGGAAAUGGCCAUGGAAGAUAUUUCCCAAGAAACUAUGAAACGACAGAUGACUGAAGCUGAGUGGAAUAAGGUCUAUGAGAUGAGUAGAGACAAAAAUCUCUAUCAGAAUUUAGUUUCAAGUUUAUUUCCAUCAAUCCAUGGUAAUGAAGAGGUGAAAAAAGGUGUCACACUUAUGUUAUUUGGUGGAGUUCCUAAAACAACAAUGGAAGGUACGACAUUGCGUGGUGACAUUAAUUGUUGUAUAGUUGGUGAUCCAAGUACAGCCAAAUCUCAGAUAUUAAAGCAAAUUGCGGAUAUUUCACCUCGAGCUGUUUACACCUCAGGAAAAGCAUCCAGUGCUGCUGGGUUAACAGCAGCUGUAGUCCGUGAUGAAGAAUCCGCUGAUUUUGUUAUAGAAGCAGGUGCUUUGAUGCUUGCUGAUAAUGGUAUUUGUUGCAUUGAUGAAUUCGAUAAGAUGGAUCCUAAAGAUCAAGUAGCCAUUCAUGAAGCUAUGGAACAGCAAACAAUAUCAAUUGCUAAAGCAGGAGUUCGAGCAACAUUAAAUGCCAGAACAUCCAUUUUAGCUGCAGCUAAUCCAAUAGGAAGUCGUUACGAUCGAUCUAAAUCUCUUCAACAAAAUGUAAUGAUGACUGCUCCUAUUAUGAGUAGAUUCGAUUUGUUUUUCAUUCUUGUUGAUGAAUGUAAUGAAGUAAUCGAUAAUGCUAUAGCUAAAAAAAUAGUCGAUCUUCAUAGUAACAACAUUGUAAGCAUUGAAACUGUAUACGAGCAACACGAAAUUCUUAGAUAUAUUAAUUUUGCUAAACACUUUAAACCUGUCAUAAAUGUGGAUGCUGCAGAGCUUCUAGUGGAAAGUUAUACAACUCUCAGGCAAAGGGAAGGAAUUGGCUCUAACAAGUCAACCUGGAGAGUAACUGUCAGACAACUGGAGAGUUUAGUACGACUUUCAGAAGCAUUGGCGAAACUUGAAUGCGGGGACAGAGUUACUGUUAAGCAUGUUGCAGAAGCUAGACGAUUAUUAAGUAAAAGUAUUGUACGCGUGGAACAACCAGAUAUUGAUCUUGAUGAAGAUACAAAUGAAGAGACUGGAAUGGAACUCGCAGAUGCUCCACCACUAAUGGAGGCUUUCAAUGCAAUAGGAAACGGUGAUUCACAAUCACAGGAACUUUCUAACACCCAUGAUCAAACUCAACCCAAAAAGAAGUUGACUAUGUCUUUCGAAGAAUACAAAAAUUUGUCAAAUAUGUUAGUACUGUAUAUGAGAAAUCAGGAAGAAAAAUUAGAGGCUGAAGAAAAAGAAGGAAUCAGAAAGUCUGAACUUGUUGCAUGGUAUCUAGAUCAAAUACAAGAUCAAAUUGAUUCUGAAGAAGAAUUACUUGAAAGAAAAGCACUCGUAGAGAAAAUUAUCGAUAGAUUGAUGUAUCAUGAUCAAAUUAUAAUUCCUCUAACAACGGGAAGGCUGGAUAGAAAAGAUGAUGAAGAAGAAGAUCCUAUGCUUGUUGUUCAUCCGAAUUAUAUUGUAGAUGUCUAAUUGUAAAUUAAAUCCAAUAAUGAUGAUUUUAAUUUUUAGAUAUAAAAUACGAAACAUAACAAAAAAUAUUUUUCUAUUUCACAUGUUUUUAAUAAGCAUUUUAAAAAUGAUAAAAAGUGUUAUCAACGAGGCUUGAGCUGCGUGAUUUAAUCAGCAAAUUAAAUGAAUUUAUAAAGAUAAAAGGGCAAAUAUAAUUAAAUAAAAUAAAAGGAGGAUUAAUGAAUUGUAAUCAAUUAUUAAAUGAUAAAUCUUAAUUUAUGUGAAUAACU